GCGGGGCUGGCGGGGCCGGCGGGCGCUGGGUUCGCUCCGUUCCGCGCCGCUCCGCGCCCGCCAUGGCGGCCCGUGGCUCCCGGGCCCUGCUCGCCCUCGGCCUGGUCCUGGCCCUCGCCGCCGCUGCCGCCGUCGCCGUCACCGCCGCCCCCGACCCCUUCUCGCCGCAGCUCGGAGACACCGCCGGGUGCCGCGGGCAGUGCGGCCGCAGCCUGCCGCGCCGGGCCGCCGCCGAUGCAGUUCUCAACGCCUGUUACCGGGGCUGCCGGCUGCUCUCCAUCUGCCACUUCGUGGAUGCGAGCGCCGAGCUCAACACAACCAGAGCUGAGUGUGAGGCAGCAUGUGCUGAAGCCUACAGCCAGGCAGAGGAGCAGUUUGGCUGCAUGACUGGAUGCCGUGAGCAGCUGCCCGAGCUGGAGAGCAGGAAGGAGAAGAGCCUGGAGCUGCAGGAGCCAUCGUUCUCCAUGUUCGAUUUGGUGUCCACCUUCUGCAACGACAUUGUCAGCUCUGCCCAGAGCUUCAUCUCCUCCACUUGGACCUUCUACCUGCAGGCAGACGAUGGCAAAGUUGUGGUGUUCCAGUCCCAGCCCCAGAUGGAGUAUGCAGUACCCGAGGCUCCAGAGACCCAGCCGGCGUGGGCAGCACCGGGGUCCAACCCCCGUGCCCUCCAGCCCCACACAGGUCCCCGGGGGAAGGGGGAGAAGCCCCCCAAGAAGGAGCCGCGGGGCAAAGCCAAGGCUCAGCAUGCAGACCCCCCCCCGCCGGAGCACGACUUCCUGGGCUGCAUGGCCAAGCGCUCAGGCCUGCCUCGCUGGAUCCUGGCCGCCUGCCUCUUCCUCUCCAUCGUGGUGAUGCUGUGGCUGAGCUGUGCCAGCCUGGUGACUGCCCCCGAGCAGCACGUCAAGACCCAGCCUCUCAGCAUCAACGGGGACAAGGAGUACCUGGAGGACCUGGAUGGCUCCGGCCCCUUCCCCCUGCCGCCCGUCAUUGCUGUCACCCUGUGCCCCGCGCACGGCAGCGAGGACGCAGGACCUCUGCCCCUCAAAGUCGACCUGGACAAGACCAUCCUGUAGUGUUCCCACCCCUUCCCACCACCUCCCUGCCACCUCCUUGUCACCAUCCCCAUGGCAGCAACCUCGGUCCUGCUCCACUGCCCCACGUCCCCAGCU